CUGCGAGCGAUAAACAUCUUUCUUUCUUUCUUUCGAUUCCCCCCUCCGUUCGGGAAAGAUUUUGAUUUCUUCUUCUUCUCUUCUGAGAGGGGAUCUCUAUCUAUUGGAUUCUAUGAUUAAAAUAAUUUGGGAUUAUGCUUGCUGAUCGUUAAGACUCAUGGCGAGUUUUCUGGUCGGCUUCUUGUUGCCUUGGCUACUUCUCGCAGCCUCACUUAUUAACUGGAGUCUCAUUUCCUUUGUUGAUUUGAUUGCCUUUCUCCUCCUUCACUAUGUUUCUCCUGAUAUUGGAUACCGGAGGCUUCAUUGGCUGUUAUGGCCCCUUUUCUUCUUUUCAUCUGUAAUCUUUGUUGCACAAGUGGUGUACCUUGUCAUUUGGGAUGCUCUAGGCCAAGACUGGGACACUUCACUUACUGCCUGGAUGCGUAUUACUGGCUUUAUGAUAUUCAAGUCUUGGACAAACCCCACUGUUCUGUAUUUCUUGGCUUUACAACUACUAACUUCGCUAGUUUCUUUAGCUGGCAUAUACCGUACUAGAUUCGGCUUGGUUCGAUUGCGUGACACAUGUUGGUCUCACUUUUCACAAGUUUUUGAACACCUAGGAAGUCAUCUUAGGGUUGCCUCCUGCUUGUUGUUACCAGCAGUUCAAUUGGCAGUGGGAAUUUGCAAUCCGUCAUGGGUUUCCUUACCAUUUUUUAUUGGUAGCUGUGCUGGUCUUGUGGACUGGUCCUUGACAAGCAACGUUUCAGGACUUUUCAGGUGGUGGAGAGUUCUUUACAUCUACUCAGGAUUCAACAUCGUCCUGCUUUACCUCUAUCAGUUGCCAAUAAACUUUUCUGAUAUGAUUCGAUGGAUAGCAAGCUUUAUCGGUCUAUUCAGAAUCUCUGCGGAAACUGAAGGCCCUGAUAUUUGUUCUGGUCUUUUCCUUUUGCUAUUCUUCAUCAUGCUUUCCUAUGUAAGGUCAGACCUCGAGGAUAUGGACUUUAUCAUGUCCACGACUGAUAAUAACUUGGCAGAGCGUCUUCUUCCUCCAAAAUAUUCGUUUUUUAUUCGAGAGUCAAGGGCAGGUGUAAGGCACACCAAUGUUCUGCUGAGGGGAGCUGUGUUUAAGACGUUCAGUAUCAAUUUCUUCACAUACGGUUUUCCGGUCUCUCUGUUUGCUCUUUCGUUCUGGAGUUUUCAUUUUGCGAGCUUGUGUGCGUUUGGCCUCCUUGCAUAUGUUGGUUACAUUAUCUAUGCUUUCCCGUCCUUGUUCCGCUUGCACAGAUUAAAUGGCCUUCUUCUUGUAUUUAUACUCUUAUGGGCUGUCAGUACGUACAUAUUCAAUGUGGCAUUUUCCUUUUUGAACACUAAGGUUGGAAAGGACAUGAAAAUUUGGGAGAUGGUCGGCCUUUGGCAUUACACUAUACCUGGAUUCUUUUUGCUUGCACAAUUUGGUUUGGGAAUGUUGGUUGCAUUGGGUAAUCUUGUGAACAACUCUGUUUUUCUCUACCUGUCUGAAGAGAGCUCCAGAUCUUCCAAUGAUAGAUCUUAUGCUGAAGCUGAUGAAGAAACAAAGGUGUUGGUUGUCGCCACCAUUGCUUGGGGAUUGCGGAAAUGUUCACGGGCUAUUAUGCUCGCACUGAUUUUCCUCAUUGCCAUGAAACCUGGGUUUGUCCAUGCAGUCUAUGUGAUAUUCUUCCUUAUUUAUCUGUUGAGCCACAACAUCAACAGAAAGAUACGCAAGUCAUUGAUUCUUCUAUGCGAAGUUCAUUUUGCACUUCUCUACAUUCUUGAAAUCGAUCUUGUGUCGAACUCUUUAAAGCGCCAAGGCUCUGUGAGCAGAGAAGUUCUGUUUCAGUUAGGUCUCCUUAGGUCUGAAAGCUCUUGGGACUUCUUGGAGAUAGCCUUGCUUGCUUGCUUCUGUGCUAUCCAUAAUCAUGGUUUUGAGGUGCUAUUUUCCUUCUCAGCAAUUGUACGACAUACACCAAGCCCUCCAGUUGGAUUUAGCAUAUUGAAAGCUGGUCUCAACAAAUCAGUUCUCUUGUCCGUCUACUCAUCUCCAUCUUCAAGUUAUUGCCAGGAUAAUACAACUUAUGAGAGACAUAUUGCUUCAUUUCUGAGUGCGAUUGGGCAAAAGUUUCUGUCUAUGUACCGAUCAUGUGGAACAUACAUUGCUUUCAUCACUAUUCUCAUAAGUGUAUACCUGGUGAAGCCCAAUUAUGUAUCGUUUGGAUACAUUUUCCUUCUCUUGCUCUGGGUUACUGGAAGACAACUGUUUGAGGAAACUAAGAGACGCUUGUGGUUCCCUUUGAAAGCAUAUGCUUUUUUGGUGUUUAUGUUUAUCUACUGCUUAAGUAGCUUUGUCAGCUUGCAGCUUUGGUUAUCUGGGUAUAUUGAUCUCUACUUUUAUUUGGGUUACAACUCCAGAGCACCAUUGCUAGAUAAUGUUUGGGAAUCUCUCGCUGUCUUGGUCGUGAUGCAACUUUACAGCUACGAAAGGAGGCAAAGUGGACGUUACAUUCCUGGUCAAUCCAGUUUGCUUCAUCCUGGAGUUUUUGGUUUUGUUGAGAGAUUUUUGGUAUGGCAUGGUCAGAAGAUCUUGUUUGCGGCAUUGUUUUAUGCAUCAUUGUCUCCAAUCAGUGUGUUUGGAUUUGUAUAUCUCCUUGGCCUUAUCAUCUGCACAACCUUCCCAAAGUCUUCUUCAGUACCAUCCAAAUCAUUUUUGAUCUAUACUGGAUUUCUCGUGUCUGCUGAGUAUCUUUUCCAACUGUGGGGCAUGCAAGCUCAGAUGUUCCCUGGGCAAAGAUAUGCUGAGUUGUCAUUCUACCUGGGCCUUCGAGUAUAUGAACCUGGAUUUUGGGGUAUAGAAUCAGGUCUACGCGGAAAAGUGCUGGUUGUUGCUGCCUGCACUCUGCAAUACAAUGUAUUUCGUUGGCUAGAAAGGACACCUGGUUUAACUAUUAUCAAAGGAAAAUACGACGAACCUUGCCCCCUAUUUGUGUCUGCAGAAGACGCCACUGCAAAUGUUUCCAGUUCUAAUGGUGAAAACCCAUCGUCAACAGAUCAUUCUUCUUUAUCAAUGAAACAAGGCGAGGCUACUAGUAACUCAUGGCCUUUCUUCUCUCCCCGUAAUAAUCAGACAGCUGGUUUUUUGCAUCCCAAGAGUGGAGGCAGUGAGAGUGGCAGUAGUAGGAGAUUUUCAUUUGGUCAUUUCUGGGGAAGCAUCAAAGAGAGUCACAGGUGGAAUAGGAGGAGGAUUCUGGCAUUGAAGAAGGAGAGGUUUGAAACGCAGAAGAAUCUGUUGAAAAUUUACUUGAAAUUUUGGAUUGAGAAUAUGUUUAACCUCUAUGGCCUUGAGAUAAACAUGAUUGCGCUGCUUCUUGCAAGUUUUGCUUUGUUGAAUGCCAUCUCCUUGGUAUAUAUUGCGCUGCUUGCUGCAUGUGUCCUCUUGAGAAGACGCCUAAUUCAGAAACUAUGGCCUGUGGUUGUUUUUCUGUUUGCAUCAAUACUCUCAGUUGAGUACGUUGCCACUUGGAAUAACUCAUUGCCUUUCGAUCAGGCUCCAAGUGAAACUAGUGUGCAUUGCCAUGAUUGCUGGAGUAUUGCAGUUCUCAACUUUAAAUUUUGCCGGGACUGUUGGCUUGGAGUGAGAGUCGACGAUCCCCGGACGCUUAUUAGCUAUUUCGCGGUGUUCAUGUUUGCAUGUUUCAAACUUCGGUCUGAUCACAUAUCCAGUUUCUCUCAGUCAUCAACAUAUCAUCAGAUGAAGUCUCAAAGAAAGAACUCAUUUGUCUGGCGAGAUCUCUCCUUCGAAACAAAGGGCAUGUGGACCGUGCUUGAUUACCUGAGGCUUUAUUGUUACGUUCAUCUGCUGGAUGUUGUGCUUAUUCUGAUCCUAAUCACAGGAACUCUCGAGUAUGACAUUCUACACCUGGGUUACCUUGCAUUCGCUCUUGUUUUUGCCCGGAUGCGACUUGAAAUCCUGAAGAAGAAGAACAAAAUAUUCAGGUUCUUGCGAGUCUACAAUUUUGUGCUCAUUAUCUUUUCUCUCGCAUAUCAGUCUCCAUUUGUGGGAAACUUCAAUGAUGGAAAGUGUGAAACGGUUGAUUAUAUUUACGAGGUGAUUGGAUUUUACAAGUAUGACUAUGGGUUUCGAAUCACUGCAAGAUCUGCUCUUGUUGAGAUAAUCAUAUUUAUGCUAGUAUCUCUUCAGUCCUACAUGUUUUCCUCCCAGGAGUUUGAUUAUGUCUCGCGGUAUCUUGAAGCGGAGCAAAUUGGUGCUAUUGUGCGGGAGCAAGAAAAGAAAGCAGCUCGGAAGACCGAGCAACUGCAACAGAUUCGUGAGGCUGUAGAAAAAAAACGGCAGCGAAAUUUGCAGGUGGAAAAGAUGAAGUCUGAAAUGCUGAACCUGCGGGUACAGCUUCACAGAAUGAGUUCUGAUUCUAAUUUUGGAUUUACUUCUCCGCGCACUGAAGGUCUAAGAAGGAGGACUCCGUACUUGAUACCAGAUAGUGGUGCAGCCAGUCCUGAGAUUGACGGAGUAGUCCACAGGAAAGAAGAGCAGCCUGUUGUCGAGGAUCCGCAGUAUCCGUUUGAAGCUCAUGAGCUUCCUAUAAGUGCCACUCCAGAAGCACCAGACUCUCCGGAGUGUUCAUUUGGAGCAUCUCCUUGUGAAAUCACUGAAGUUCAGCAGGAUCUUGAUGUCAUGCCUAUGGAACAUGAAAGAAAGGGAAAGACAGAGGGAAAAGAUAAUCCUUUGAUUUCUGCUGUGCAACUCAUCGGUGAUGGUGUUUCCCAAGUACAAUUUAUUGGAAAUCAGGCAGUAAAUAACCUUGUGAAUUUCUUAAACAUCUCGCCGGAAAAUUCAGAUACAAAUGAGCAGUCCUCUGUAGAUGAUGAGGUGUAUGAUGAAAUGGAAAGUCAGAAAAGAAUACCCAAACCUUUUGAACGGUCAACAUCUCUACAAUCAGACAGAAGUAGUGAUGGCGCUAGCUUUCAGAUAGGAAGGAUCCUUCGUCAUAUAUGGUCUAGGAUGCAGUCCAACAAUGAUAUUGUUUGCUAUUGCUGCUUCAUUAUUGCGUUUCUGUGGAACUUCAGUCUUCUUUCCAUGGUCUAUCUAGCAGCGUUGUUCCUAUAUGCCCUCUGCGUUCACACAGGCCCUACUCACAUCUUCUGGGUCCUCAUGCUAAUGUACACAGAAAUCUAUAUCCUCCUCCAGUAUUUAUACCAGAUUAUAAUCCAGCACUGUGGGUUGAGCAUUGAUGCCCCUCUUCUUCAUGAACUGGGAUUUCCAACACAAAGAAUCAAAUCAUCGUUUGUUGUCAGCUCGUUGCCUCUCUUCCUUAUUUACAUAUUCACUCUCAUACAGAGCACCAUAACAGUGAAAGAUAGUGAUUGGGUUCCUUCUGGCGAUUUUAAUUCGCGCCGGAAUGCUCGUGGGAGCCAGAAGGACCUUACAAGAAGUAGCUGGAGCCAUAGAAUCUUGGAUGUGUACAAGAAACUGAGAGAUGGUACGAAAUUGGUGAUGAGAGGCAUCUGCCGGUACUGGAUCUCGCUGACACGUGGAGCAGAAUCCCCUCCUUACUUUGUUCAGGUGACAAUGGAUGUUCACAUGUGGCCUGAAGAUGGAAUUCAGCCUGAAAGAGUUGAAUGCCGAAUGAAUCAGUUGCUUAGGCUUGUUCACAAUGAGAGAUGCGAGAAGGAAAACCCUGAUCUUUGUCCUUACUCAAGCAGGGUCCACGUACAAAGUAUAGAGAGAAGUACAGAGACCCCAAACGAGGCCCUGGUUGUCCUCGAGGUUGAGUAUGCUUCUCCCACGAAUGGGUGUUGUUCAGCAGAAUGGUACAGAUCACUUACCCCGGCCUCAGAUGUGGCGAAAGAAAUUCGCAAAGCUCAACAUAGUGGACUUGUUGAAGGAACUGGGUUUCCGUACCCUAUUCUCUCUGUGAUUGGCGGAGGAAAGAGAGAAACAGACCUCUAUGCUUACAUAUUUGGUGCUGAUUUGUUGGCCUUCUUUCUGGUUGCCAUUUUCUACCAAUCAGUCAUUAAAAAUAAAAGCGAAUUCAUCGAUGUAUAUCAGCUAGAGGACCAGUUCCCAGUUGACUUUGUCUUUAUUCUAAUGGUUAUCUUCUUUCUGAUUGUUGUUGAUCGUGUCAUCUAUCUUUGCUCAUUUGCGACUGGAAAAGUGGUAUACUACCUCUUCAGUCUUAUUCUCUUCACAUAUGCAGUGACAGAGUAUGCUUGGAGCAUAUAUCCUACGCAGCAACACGCUGCUGGCUUGGCUCUCAGAUUCAUAUUUCUUGCCAAAGCAAUGUCCCUGGCUCUCCAGGCCAUACAAAUCCGCUAUGGAUUACCUCAUAAGAGCACCCUAUACCGGCAGUUUCUGACAAGUGAAGUUUCAAGGAUCAAUUACUAUGGCUACAGACUUUACCGUGCUCUUCCUUUCCUGUAUGAACUGAGAUGUGUACUUGACUGGUCCUGCACAGCUACCUCACUGACAAUGUAUGACUGGCUCAAGUUGGAAGAUGUAAAUGCGAGUUUGUACCUUGUCAAAUGCGAUACAGUUUUAAAUCGAGCUACACACAAACAUGGGGAGAGACAAACAAAAAUGACUAAAUGCUGCAACGGGAUAUGUCUCUUCUUCAUCUUGUUAUGCGUUAUAUGGGCUCCUAUGCUGAUGUAUAGCAGUGGUAACCCAACAAACAUUGCCAACCCGAUAAAAGAUGCGAGCGUUCAAAUUGAUAUAAAAACAGUUGGUGGGAAGCUUACUUUGUUUCAGACAACCCUGUGCAAAAAAAUCUCAGGGGAGAACAUUGAUCUUGGGCUAGAUCUAGGGUCCCAAAGCUUCUUGCCAACGUACAACAAAAAUGACAUCCAGCUGAUAUGCUGCCAAGCUGAUGCAAGUGUUCUAUGGCUUGUCCCUGGCACAGUUGUGACCAGAUUCGUUCAAUCCCUGGACUGGGACACGGAUAUGGACAUCACCUUUUCUUGGGUUCUUAACAGAGACCGACCAAAAGGCAAGGAGACUGUCAGGUAUGAAAGAAGUGUGGACCCUCAGGACCUUCCAAAACGCUCUGAUGUGCAAAUGGUCCUCAAUGGCUCGAUGGAUGGAUUUAGAGUGCAGAACUUAUACCCAAAGUUUUUCCGUGUUACUGGCUCUGGUGAUGUCAGGUCUUUUGAGGACCAGAAGGAUGAAGUGAGUGCAGACAUAGUGAUGAACCAUGCAGAUUCCAAGUGGUGGUGGUCAUUCCAUAACCUUAAAGCGUCUGAAAAUAUCAGCGCAUGCGAAGGUAUGGAUGGACCAGUCGCUAUCAUAAUGUCUGAGGAAACACCUCCACAGGGGUUUCUUGGUGACACGCUCAGCAAAUUCAGUAUAUGGGGGCUCUAUAUAACAUUUGUACUAGCAGUGGGGCGUUUUAUCAGGCUUCAAUGCUCUGACCUGCGUAUGAGAAUACCUUACGAGAACCUGCCUUCGUGUGACAGAUUAAUAGCAAUAUGUGAGGACUUAUACGCGGCAAGAGCGGAGGGUGAGCUUGGAGUAGAAGAAGUUCUAUACUGGACGCUUGUGAAGAUCUAUAGAUCCCCACACAUGCUGCUUGAGUAUACAAAGCUAGACUAUGAUGCUUAGGUCCGACAACACUUUUGUUAUAUUUGUACAUACUGAGUGAUUUUAUUAUAUAUAUAGUAUAGUUUGAUUUCGUAUUUAUAGAACAGAAGUGAUUCAUGUAGUUAUGACAUAAAUGAGAAGAUGAAGAAAGCGUCAUUUCACCCUG